ACUGAGGAGAAAACCCAUGGUAAUGUGAAGGCCCUGAUGUCAUGCAUGUCAAAGUAAUAUCUUCUGAUGGUCAUGAAUUAAUCCUAGAAAGAGAACACAUGCAGAUAAUCAGGAACAAUAAGGCCAUGUUAAGUGGACCAGGUCAGUUUGCUGAAAAUGAAAUCAAAGAGUCCAAUUUUAGAGAGCUCCUUCCACACAUGCUACGGAAAGUAUGCAUGUAUUUUACCUACAAGGUCCACUACACUAGCGACUCCACAGACAUUACCAAAUUCCUAAUUGCCCCUGAAACUGCACUAGAACUGUUGAUGGCUGCAAACUUCCAAGAUUGUUUAAAAGAAAUUAUAGCAAGCUGCUAA